AUGGACGAGAAUGCGCCCACAGAUCAACAAGACGGAACCAUCCCGACGACGAUAGAGCCAAUUCGUUUUCGCGCCGGCAAAAAGAGAAAGGCCGGCUACCGCCAACGAACUGCCGAGGAGGAAGACAAGAACCCUGACGCCGCGAUUCAGCCUGCGCCCGUCCUGCCAGGCGCGUCGACGAAGCCGGGCGCUGAUGACGAGCUCGGGCGAAGAGACGUAGAUGAUGACGAUGCUGCCGGUGCAGAAGCAACAACGACAACACACGCCGCGGAUGUAGACAUGGGAAAUGCCAAUGGCGACAACGACGACGACGACGACCACCGAGACAACCAGUCAGAGAGCGAAUCCGCCGUGGCAGCAGCCCUGCGCCUCCGCAACGCGCGCCGCGCAGCCCGUCGAGGAGGCGUCGGCUUCCGCUCAGAAGGACGCCCAGGCCUCAACGACGGCGAGGAUGAAGACGGGGAGCACGCGCUGGUGCUGCGAGAGCAGGACAAGGACCACGAGCGCAUCGUCGGCGGCAUCACCAACCGCUUCAUGCACCAGACCGGCCUCCUGACCAUCCUCGACGACAAACACAUGAAUGCAUACAUAGAAUCCCGCCUCACUAGCCGCAACGCGACGGACCCCCGCGAUCCUUCCUCCUCCUCUUCGCAGCGGCCCGCCUCCCAGGCCGCCGCCGACGCGCUCGCCUCUGGUGACCCGGCGGAGAAGUGGCGAGAUCAGCCCACGCGCCAUGGCAAGCUCGUCGAGGUCGAUAUGAGUGCCCUCGACGGCGGCAAUGGCACCGACCACAACAACAAGCGGCGCCGGAUCGACAAGGAUACAACUGCCAAGCCGCCUCCUCGCCGUGGCCGCAACCGCCGAAACAGCGAAGACAUUGCGCGCGACGCCCUCGUCGAGCAAUUCCUCCACGAAAACCGACUCGACGUCUACGACGUCCCCUCCAACCCCUUCACGCAACCAGCAGCAGCAUCAUCCUCCUCCGCCCCCGCCGGCGCGGACCCCUCCGCCGACGACCGCCUCGCCGAGCAGUUCCGCCAGCAGUACUACACCGAGCAGGCCCUGCGCCGCAAGAAGAAGCGGCCCGUCACCCAGCAGCAGCAGCUGAAGCAGCAGAAGCAGCAGGCGGGCGAGAUCCUCAAGGGGCCCAAGCUCGGCGGCAGCAGGAACAUGAGGGCCGCCGUCAGGGACAUGCUGCUGCAGCAGGAGAAGGAGAAGAGGGGCAAGUAA